AUGGCACCCUCUCGUGUGGUUGGAGGGUUAGCCCAAUCUUCCUCAAGUUCUGGAAUUUUCUUUCAGGGGGAUGGGCACUCCCAGGCUGUACAUAACUCUCACUUAGCCUCAUCAUUUGGGAACUCAUCCAGUUCGAUUCCUGGGACUGGGCGUCCCAACCUGGGUCCAGUUUCUGGGGAUAUGAAUAAUGCUGUUUUAAACAGUGUCGCAAAUUCUGGGCCAAGUGUUGGGGCAAGUUCAUUGGUGACUGAUGCGAAUUCGGCAUUCUCUGGAGGAGGCCCUCGUUUGCAGAGAAGUGCCAGCAUUAACACAGAGUCGUACAUGCGCUUGCCAGCUUCACCUAUGUCAUUUUCUUCCAAUAACGUAAGCAUCUCUGGCUCUUCAGUUGUCGAUGGUUCUUCGGUGGUGCAGCAAGGAAAUCACCAAGAAUCUAGUGCACCACAGCACCAGCAAAGUCAGCAGCAGCAACAACAUGGGGCUUCAAGUGCUACAUCUUUACCCUCAUCACAAAUUGGGCAAAUGUCACUUCCCAUGGAUGGGCGAGUUCCUGGAUCUUAUUUUCAGGACCCUAAUUUAUCACAGGUACAAAAGAAGCCCCGGUUAGAUAUCAAGCAGGAAGAUAUUCUGCAGCAGCAAGUGUUGCAGCAGAUGUUGCAGAGGCAGGACCCCAUUCAGAUGCAGGCGCGUAACCCACAACUACAAUCACUGCUUCAGCAGCAGAGACUGAGGCAGCAACAGCAGAUUCUCCAAUUUAUGCCACCGAUGCAGAGAGCCCAAUUUCAGCAACAGCAGCAGCUGCAGUUGAGGCAGCAGCAAAUGCAGCAACAACACCACCAACAACAGGCCAUGCAGCCGACAUCUGUUCCCGUUAAGCGUCCCUACGAUGGGGGUGUAUGUGCUCGACGGAUGAUGCAGUAUCUGUAUCAUCAGCGACAGAGGCCAGCUGAGAAUACUAUUGCAUAUUGGAGAAAAUUUGUAGCAGAGUACUAUUCCCCUCGGGCAAAGAAAAGGUGGUGCUUGUCAUUAUAUGAUAAUGUUGGGCAUCAUGCACUAGGGGUAUUUCCCCAAGCAGCAAUGGAGGCAUGGCAGUGUGACAUCUGUGGUUCGAAGUCCGGAAGAGGAUUUGAGGCAACUUUUGAAGUGCUACCUCGACUUAAUGAAAUAAAGUUUGGUAGUGGCGUCAUCGACGAGCUUUUGUUUUUGGACCUGCCUCGUGAAUGUAGAUUUUCUUCUGGAAUCAUGAUGCUGGAGUAUGGUAAAGCAGUCCAGGAGAGUGUAUAUGAGCAACUUCGUGUUGUUCGUGAGGGCCAGCUUCGUGUUAUAUUCACCCACGAUUUGAAGAUAUUGUCCUGGGAAUUUUGUGCACGGCGCCAUGAAGAACUGCUUCCUCGUAGGGUGGUAGCUCCUCAGGUAAAUCAGCUGGUACAGGUUGCACAGAAGUGUCAGAGCACAAUUUCUGAAAGUGGAGCUGAUGGUGUUUCACAGCAGGAUCUCCAAGCAAGUAGCAAUAUGGUCCUGACAGCUGGGCGCCAGCUUGCUAAGAGUUUGGAGUUACAGUCUCUGAAUGAUUUGGGGUUCUCCAAAAGAUAUGUUAGAUGUUUGCAGAUCUCCGAGGUUGUCAAUAGCAUGAAGGAUUUGAUUGAUUUCUGUCGGGAACAAAAGGCUGGGCCAAUUGAGAGCCUAAAAGUUUACCCUCGGCAUAAUAACUCUGCAGCCAAGCUCCAGAUGCAAAAGAUGCAAGAAAUGGAGCAGCUGGCAAGCUCUCAGGGUUUACCUACUGACCGGAACACCCUCAAUAAGCUGAUGGCUUUGCAGCCCUCUGCCGGAAUAAAUAAUGCCAUGAACGUCAACAACAACAAUAAUCACCACUUGGGUAAUCGAGGAGCAGUAGGUUUAAGUGGUUCGGCCCAGGCUGCAUUGGCCCUUUCCAACUACCAAAAUCUUCUCACGAGGCAAAACUCCAUGAAUUCAAACUCCAGCUCGCUUCAACACGAACCUCCUUCAUCUUCCUUCAACAAUAAUUCUGCCCCAAGUCCAUCUUCCAACUUCCAAGGACCUGUCGGUUUCCCUCCCGGAGGACCCAUGCAAAACUUACAUCAACAACAACAGCAGCGACAUCAGCGUUCAUCGAGUUCCAAUAAUUUGUUUCAACAAAACCAUCAUCAACAAAGCUCUCAAGGCAGCAAUCAGGCAUUGGAACAGCAGAUGAUACAGCAACUGCUGCAGGAGAUGUCAAACAACAGCAGCGGGGGAGGAGCUCAGCUGCAGCGUUCUGUUUCUGCACAGAAUGGGAAUGGUGGUUCUGCAGGAAGGAACAGUGUGGGCCCUGCCAUCUCUGGAGGUAGACCUGCAGCAAGUCGGAGCAACAGUUUCAAAGCUGCUGCUGCUUCACCCAGUGAUUCGUCAGCUGGUGGUGGUGGCGGCAGUGGCAGUGGUUAUAAUAAUAACAAUAAAAAGGUUGGGGACAUGCCUAAUCAAAAUUUGCAGCAGCUGCAGGAUGACAUGCAAGAUAUCGCUGCUGAGUUUUCAGAUAGUGGGUUUUUUAACAGUGACCUUGGCGAUACUAUGGGCUAUGACUGGAAAGCAUAA